CCAAAUGUCUAGAGUCAAACAAUCUUUAUAUGCCUAGCCAUCACCAAGUACAGGUAGAAUAUAGAAGAUCUCAGAGAAGCUGUCAACCAUUUAGAUUGGAGUUGAGAAUGAAAGGUUUUAGAAAUUGGAAUAAGCUGAACAACGUAUUCAAUAAGCAGAGGAUGCUUUCAACGAGUUUCAAGAGUAAAUCUUCACUAGGUUGAAUGGAUUGAGAGAUUAAUUAGGCAAAUUAUAGAAGCAAGUGGAAGAUGACAGAUAAGCAAAAGAAUAAGCCAUCGAAGCUAAGAAUAGAGAUGUUUAAGCUUUGACAAAGAAGUUUGAAAAUGCAAUUGAGAAUGAGCAGCAGACCAAGAAGGAAGGAGAAGCCAAGGUUCUUAGAUUGACAGAAGAUAAAUCAGCAUUACUCAGAACAGAGGUCUAGAAGGAAACUGCCUAAAGAAUAGAUGCUAUUGAAGGAAUUCAUUAGGGAUUACAAAAUGAUUUGCCAAAGAUUCAAGAGGCAAUUCGAGAAGAGGCCAAUGAAAGAGAUGAGUCUGAUUAAAAUGUAAUGAAAUCAAUCACUGAUGAGUUAGUGAAGUUGAGCAGCUUGAUCAAUGUGGAGAAAAGAAACAGAGAUGAAAGUGAAUAGUCCAUAUUUGAAAUGCUUAAAGAUAUAGUGAAUAGAGUGAAGGUAGAAUUGGAUCAAGAGAAGAGAACCAGAGAAUAAUCAGAAGAACAUUUGCUUAGUUUAUUGGAAGACACCUGUAAUAAAUUAAGUAUUGCAGCAAAUUUAUGAAGAAUUUAUAUAUUCAUCUAGCAUCAAUAUUUAUAAAUAUAUACACAUUUCUA